AUGCGUCUCCUCCUUACACUUAUCUCGACCCUUUUCCUCCUUCUUGGAGCCCACGCCGUCCGCUUCCAGUGGCCCUCGGGGCCAGAGAAUGGCGGCUAUCUCGGAGUACCUCACGGCGGAUGCUGCACCAACGCCCAGAAUGGCACUCAGGUCUAUGCCGCAUGGCGCAUUGAGGGCGAACACAUCCGCAUGGCGGGACACGGCGAGCUCUGCCUGGAUGCCGGAUGGGACGCGGGAUACGGCACGACCCUCAAGAUUUGGAAAUGCUUCGACAACCACGCUCCCCAGCGCUUCAAGUACGAGAACGAGCGCAUCAUCCACAUCCCGACUGGUUUCUGCAUCGACGUCCAGGACGGCAACCGCCAGAACCUCCAGCUCUGGGAGUGCUUUGACGGGAACACCAACCAGAGGUGGCGUGCCAUCUGGCCUCCGACACAGAGCGCUGCCAGCACUUGA